AUGAAAGAAAAAGGAGUCUGCCAAUGUUGCUUGAGUUCGCGGCUGGGGGCUGGGCAAGGAUCUCCAUCGGCUCUACCGCCGCCAGUGAUGCCACAUGGACCAUUCGAACCCGAUAUAGGGCCGGGAAUGUUUUCGGGAGGAAGGUAUGAAGAAGUGGAGCGACGCACACGUUGGUAUAUAAUGCCGCAUGGACCGCCAAUGCCACCAGGAGGAUUAAUUGGACCGCCAGUGCCACUACCGGGAUAACCUGGACCUUUAUGAUACUGGUGAUGACAUGACACUCGCAAAGCGGUG